AUGCAUCGGAAUAUUUGUGAUGUUCAUCGCAAACAAACUUCUUUGGGUCCUGAAGGAACAGGAUCAAUUCAACAACAUGUAAUUCCAUUUCUUCGAGAUCCAAAUAAUGUUCUUGACACAAAUGAAGUCAUAUUUCUUCACGAUAAGGCACCCUGCGUGAAAACCAAUGCAACGCAACACCUUUUGGAGGAUGAAGGCGUCCGAUUCUGGGGCAAUACAAUUUGA